AUGCCAGCAAAAUUGAAUAAAGGUAAAGAUAGUAAGAAGCGCAAGGUCAAAUUCAAAGAUACCAAAAGUUCGAAGAAGAAGAAGAAUGACUCAAAGAAAACCUUAUAUAAUCUCGAUCGUGAAGCUGCUCGAUCAAAAGCUCUCGAGACACGUCUUUAUUUUCAACUUGCCGAUUUGAAUAGGAAAAAUUUUGAACUGCAGCAGGCCCGUGGACUGCAGGUCACGCUUGAGAAUGCUCUCAUAAGCUUUAAGGAAACGGCGAAAGAAGAUUCUGCUUUUACCACGUUGCAGCAUGAGUAUACAGUUGAGCGUUUAACGGACAGAGUUUCUGAGCUUACGAUUGCAAAUACUAAACUUAAAGAGGACAAAAAUUGUCUUCAGUUAAAAUUAGAAGCUUUGAUAGAAGAUUUAAAUGCUGCUUUAGCCGCUAAAGAGGCGGAAAUUGAGAAGCUCAACGUUUUUAUUAAGGAAUCUCAUUACAAGUAUGAAAGAGUAAUUGGUCUCUUUGCUGAUCGAUUAGUCGAGAGGCUGACUGAAAGUUGGGAAUCGGAUAACCCAAUUUUUCAAGAGAUUGAAUCUCUGCAUAAUAAACUAUUAUACACAUUUAACGCAUAA